AUGGCAGGAAAUCCGCAUGAGCGUGACCAGACGUGUAUCGCCAACGGCCGAUCGACGACACGCCGACAGACGCACACUGGCGGAAAACUAUAUCGGUGUGACGUGUGCAGCUAUGCGUGUGCCUCCAACAGCGGAUUGACGUUACACAAGCGAAAGCACACGGGUGAAAAACCGUACACGUGUGAUGUAUGUGGUGCGGCGUUCUCUCGAAAUUACAAUCUAAUAAGCCAUGGGCGGACGCACACCGGUGAAAAACCAUACCUGUGUGACGUGUGUGGCCAUACCCUUACCACCGCCAACGGAUUGAAGAUACACCAGUACGGGCACACCGUCGAAAAAACAUACCCGUGCGAAUUGUGCGGCAAGAGCUUUGCCUAUAGGAACCGACUAACUGUACACCAACUGACGCACACGGGCAAAAAACUGUACCCGUGUGACGUGUGCGACAAGACGUUUGCCUAUAGGAGCCGACUGGCAGAACACAAGCAGACGCACACGGGUGAAAAACCGUACACGUGUGAUGUAUGUGGUGCGGCGUUCUCUCGAAAUUACAAUCUAAUAAACCAUGGGCGGACGCACACGGGUGAAAAACCGUACUCGUGCGACAUGUGUGACUAUGCGUGUAUCACCAACAGCAGAUUGAAAGUACACAAGCGAAAGCACGCGGGUGAAAAACCGUACACGUGUGAUGUAUGUGGUGAGGCGUUCUCUCGAAAUCCCAAUCUAAUAGUACAUCAGCGGACGCACACCGGUGAAAAACCGUACACGUGUGAUGUAUGUGGUACGGAGUUCUCUCGAAAUUCCAAUCUAAUAAUCCAUGAGCGGACGCACACCGGUGAAAAACCAUACCUGUGUGACGUGUGUGGCCAUAACCUUACCACCACUAACGGGUUGAAGAUACACCAGUACGUGCACACCGGUGAAAAACCAUUCUCGUGCGACUUGUGCGGCAAGAGCUUUGCCUAUAGGAACCGACUGACUGUACACCAACUGACGCACACGGGUAAAAAACUGUACCCGUGUGACGUGUGCGACAAGACGUUUGCCUAUAGGUGCCGACUGGCUGUACACAAGCGGAUGCACACGGGUGAAAAACCGUACUCGUGCGACGUGUGUGGCUAUGCGUGUAUCACCAACAGCAGAUUGACGGUACACAAGCGAACGCACAUGGGUGAAAAACCGUACACGUGCGACGUAUGUGAUAAGAGGUUUGCCACUAAUGGUGGAUUGACUGUGCACCGGCUGAAGUACUUAUGA